UUUCAGGCGAGAAUUUGCCAUGCUUCAUGUGAUGGCAGGCAGGUAAUACAGGCCUAGGAAAAUUAAAUAAUUAUAUGUUUACUUUGCAAAUCAAAAGUAUUUACCAGUGGAUGGCAUCAAGUAUCCCUCAGUAGACAUAGUAAAGGCAUUUUAAGUAUUAGCAGGAUAGUGGGCUAGUAUUUUAUUGAUAAAUGCCAAAAUCUGACACCCUCUGGCCUGUUGUGUCUCUAUUCAUUGGAUUUCAUUGACCAAACGCAUUACAAUGUAUAGAUUGCUGUGUUCAACUCUAUUUAUAUGUGUAAACUAAAGAAGAAAGAAAACGCCCAUUCAGAGUUAAAGGAUGGCCAAGGCAUCUGCAACUUUGAAUCUUGGUGUAUUGCUACACAUAUGGGUGUACUGCAUGCAAUGUACUGCUUAUGGUAGAAGUCAUUAUGGCUUUUUGGCCUCCAGGAAGUUCAGCACUGUAAAUAGUUCGGAGAAAGUGUUAUGCCUGCCUCCAAGUAAAGGAAAAUGCUAUGGAAAAAUUGUUAAAUGUCCAUUAGAGUGCCCAGGAAGAAAGCCUGUGGAUCCAAAGGCUAAGGCCUGUUUUGUUGACUGUAGCCCAAAAUGUGAAUCGACAUGUAAAAAGCGAGUGCCUAGCUGUAAUGGGUUUGGAUCUAUAUGCUAUGAUCCUCGUUUUGUUGGAGGUGAUGGUGUCAUGUUCUACUUUCAUGGCUCCAAAGGAAAAACCUACUCCCUUGUCCAUGAUCCAACAUUCCACAUCAAUGGCCACCUAAUUGGCACCCGCCCAAUUGGCAGGCCACACGACUACACAUGGAUAGAUUCUCUUGCCAUACUCAUCCCCUCACAUACCCUCACAAUCACCUCUAUGAAGGCCUCCACAUGGGAUGACAAUGUUGAUCACCUCUCUUUCUCAUUUGACAACAACCACAUUACACUUGAAGAAACUCAUGUGGCUGAGUGGACAUCAGUUGAUGGGUUAGUAAGAAUAGAACGAACUUCUAAGAGUAAUGGUGCAAUCAUUCAUGUGGUAGGAAAAGCAGAGAUAAAUGUAAAGGCGAGGCCAAUCACUGAACAAGAUAACCGGGUGCAUAAUUAUCAAAUUCCUCUUGAUGAUUGUUUUGUACACUUGGAUAUGCAUUUUAAAUUCUUUAAUUUGUCUAGUGAUGUUGAGGGUAUUUUGGGUAAGACUUAUAGGCCAGGGUAUGUGAGCCCUGUGAAGAGAGGAGUGCCAAUGCCAAUUAUGGGAGGGGAAGCCAGGUACAAGACUUCAUCACUACUUUCUACAGACUGUGUUGCAUGCCAGAGAUUUAGAUCAUUGGAAGAACACUCUACAUCUCUUACUACAGAGGAAUCAAUAGCUGAGUGGUAAGCAAUUGGUGGUCUUAAGUUUGAUUUAUGAGUUUGAAUAAUAAAAAUAACAAUGUAUUGCUUAUGUACCAGAUGAAUAAAUAUAGAACUAAUGCUGAAGACCCAUCUAAAGUCUUAAUUUUA